ACACACACUCUCUGAGAUGGUAUGUUCCACGAACUGUCAACUCAAGGCCAAUCUUUCACUGUCAUCAUUAUUACAUACAUGACAAACUCUAACUAUACUCUGAACUGGCAGCGUGUAAACCACCACACGCGUUCCUGAUCGGUUUCUCGGGAGAUGGAGGAUCGCGCGCGAGCGUUGUUUUCUUUCGGGAUAAUCGCGGACGUCCAGUUCGCAGAUAUAGAUGAUGGGACAAACUAUCGGAAGACCAGAAGACGCUUCUACAGGAACAGCGUCGCAUUGCUUCGGGACGCGGUGCGGCACUGGGAGGAGACGCGCGUCAACUGCGUCAUUCAGCUCGGAGAUGCUAUCGACGGACACAACAAGAGCCGCGACGCGUCGGAACAAGCGCUAGACACGGUGAUGGCUGAGUUCGAGAAGAGUUCGGUGGACGUGCAUCAUGUGUGGGGGAACCACGAGUUCUACAACUUCAGCAGGGAAACUCUAAUGGCCUCUCCGCUGAACAGCGCGGGGAAAGCCGGAGCCGGAAGUGACCGAGCCGAAAGUGACCUCAUCGCGGACGACAUUUACGCGUAUGAGUUUAGCCCCGCCCCCAGGUUUCGAUUCGUGCUUCUGGACGCGUACGACGCGAGCGUCAUCGGGAGAGACGCGAGCAGUGAGAAGCAUCAGCAGGCCAUGAAGCUGCUGCAGAAACACAACAGCAACGCGGACCUCAACACGCCGCCAGUGUGUGGGCUGGAACAGAGGUUUGUGAAGUUCAACGGAGGCUUCAGUGCGGAGCAGCUUCAGUGGCUCGACCGAGUCUUGACCCUCGCGGACCAGAGGCAGGAGAGAGUCACGCUCUUCAGUCAUCUCCCCGUUCACCCGGACGCCACGGACCCCAUCUGUCUGGCCUGGAACUACGAUGAGCUUCUGUCGAUCCUGCGCGCUCAUAAGAGCGUGGCGAUCUUCAUCUCGGGACACGAUCAUGACGGAGGGUUCUGCACCGACGCGUCAGGCGUGCACCACAUCACCCUGGAGGGGGUGAUCGAGACGCACCCCGACACCAACGCCUUCGCGACGGUGUACGUGUACGAGGACCAGAUGCUUCUCAAGGGCAAUGGAAGAACCGCAGACAGAGUCCUCAAAUAUCCUUGAGAGAUUACUGUCAAUGAAGGAUGGCAUUAAAACAGCCAAACAAACGCCAUCUGUAUGAUCAUCUCAGUCUCUGCUGUUUCAUUUCCUUCAUAAGAUGAGUUCAUGUGUGAACAGCACUGUUGAGCCAACCAGUGGAUCUCUGAGCGGAUGGAGUGAGUGGAGGCGGGGACCGCGUAUACUGAAUGAGGCAAGGGUGUCGAGUUACAUUCAAGAUAUUUUAAGGCAUGAAGAAUCUUUUUUCAAGGGAAAAACGUUUCAAUGUGUAAUUUUGGUGAUUAAAGAUUAAUUUUAAGGGAUAAAAUGGUUGACUAAAGAUUGACUUUAAAUAAAUACAAAAUGCUGCACAUAUCAGAUUUGGAAUAAUAUUUAUUGCCAAAUAUGUUUACACAAAGAAUUAUGAUAACUAUAUAUAUUUAUAUUUAUAAUUUUACAUGGGUAUAAUUAAUUACAUUUUUAUUUCUUCUUUAUAUUAGUAUAUGUACACACAUAUAUUUAUGUUAAGUUGGAUUGUUCUCUGCAUUGUUAUGCCAACAAAUGAAAUUGGAGAAAAUAAUAUUAGAAACAAACAUAAUAAACAUAAUAUUAGAAA